GCGCAGUUACUCUAGUUUGCCAGCUGCUUGGAGAGUAGAGUACGAAUUCAACAAGAAGUAGAAAACAGCAGAGAAACAUGGCAGAGAAAGUGAGUGGUGAAAUGUCGGAAGACAGUUCGGACUCCGCUGCUGCGGUGUCGCAAGACCUUCGGAGUGUUCUGGUCACCAGCGUUCUGAACCUAGAGAAGCUGGAUAAAGAUCUGUACAGAGGGACUCACCACUGGGUACCCCGUACCCGUCGUCUGUUUGGGGGUCAGAUUAUUGGCCAGGCCCUGGUGGCUGCAGCAGAGUCCGUUGGGGAAAACGUCUUGGUUCACUCUCUCCACUGCUACUUUGUACGGGCAGGAGACCCCAAGGUGCCAGUGCUGUACCAGGUGGAGAGGACCAGGGACGGUCGUAGUUUCAGCGUGCGGUCAGUGAAGGCCAUCCAAUACGGUCAGCCCAUCCUCAUCUGCCAGGCCUCCUUCCACAGUAACCAGCCCUCUCCUCUGCAGCACCAGUUCACCAUGCCCUCUGUCCCCCCUCCUGAAGACCUGCUGACGGGGGAGGAACUCAUACAGCUCUACCUCAGUAAGCCAGACUUGGCUGAGAAAGCCAAACAGGGCCUGAACAAGCUGCUAGCUGACGAGGUUCCCAUAGAGAUUAAACCUGUCAAUCCUCCAGACUUCUACCGCUGCGUUGCCAUGGAACCCAAGAAGCUGUACUGGGUGCGCGCUAAAGGCCACAUCGGUAAAGGUGAUAUGAAGCUCCACUGCUGUGUGGCAGCCUAUGUGUCAGACUAUUCGUUCUUGGACACUGCUCUCCUGCCCUACCCCGGGCAGCGCGCCACUUUCUUAGCCUCUCUGGAUCACGCCAUGUGGUUCCACAACACCUUCAGGGCAGACGAAUGGAUGCUCUACGAGACUGAGAGCUCUUGGACUGGGGGCAGCAGAGGGCUGGUUCAGGGACGUCUGUGGAGGAGAGACGGGGUGCUGGCUGCCAGCUGUGCCCAGGAGGGGGUACUCAGGGUCAAGGCCUUGACGACCAGCGCCGUGACGAACGAGAGCAAGCUAUAACCAUGACAACCUUUUAAAUGGCUGAUGAAGCCAUGUAGAGUCAGGAGACUGGCUGAGUUUACACAGGCAGCCCAAAUAUGAUCUCUUUUCCGCCAAUUGUUUUUUUGACCAAUCACAUCAGAUCUCUUCACAUAUAUUUGUCAGAGCUAAUAUAAUUGGUCAAAAGACUAGUGAAUUAGUGAAAACAAGUCUAAAUAGAGACACCCUGCUGACAAACGGCUGGUGGCCAUGGUGUGUUAGUGAUCACCUGCUGGGUGUUGAUGAACGGUUCAACCUCAUCCCCAGCCUUCAACUUCAGCCUCCAUCCCCCGCCUCCAUCCCCAGCCUUCAUCCCCAGCCUUCAACUUCAGCCUCCAUCCCCAGCCUCCAUCCCCAGCCUUCAAUUUCAGCCUACAUCCCCAGCCUCCACCCCCUUCUGCAUCUACAAUCUACUGAACCAUGUGGUGAUGAUUAUAAUGAGUUGAUUCUGACUGAAUAGAUUUUCUGAUCAAGAUAAAGAUUUCCAUAUAUAUGAACUAUUUUAUAUUUAAUUAUUUAACCUUUUUAAAUGAUUUGAUAAUUGUUGUUUCCAUUUGUUGUGUCCAUUGUGGUUCCAUAAGCUUCCCUAAUUAAUUGUUCAUAUUUCAAUAAUGUCUAUCUUUCCAGGAAUGUACAGGAAAUGUACAGUCAGGUCCAGUAAUUAUUGACAUCCUUGAUAAAGACGAGCAACAAAGACUGUAUAAAAUAAAUCAUUGAAAUAUUGAGCUAUAUUGUAUGCAAAAAAUGUAAUUUGUUAUUUUAUCCUAGAAAUUUUGUUUAACAAGUAAUAAAAAAUCUCAAAAAGA